UUUCUCGUGGCGGAAUAACGACCCCCGCGCUCCCCCAGCGUCCCGGGCAGGGCUGGCCCCAUAGGGCGGCCUAACAACGCGCCGGGACCACCAGGCCCUUACCCGGGGCGCCGGCCGCCCGGCAACGGGAUCGCGUCAGCUCCGGGGCGGGCCCGGAAGCGGCGGGUGUUGGGCUGGGCCGCCAUGGUGUGCGAGAAGUGUGAGAGGAAGCUGGGCACGGUGAUCACUCCUGAUACGUGGAAGGAUGGGGCGAGAAACACCACAGAAAGCGGUGGCCGAAAGCUGAACGAAAACAAGGCACUGACCUCAAAGAAGGCAAGGUUUGAUCCUUAUGGAAAGAACAAAUUUGCAAUAUGUCGAAUCUGUAAGAGUUCUGUCCAUCAGCCAGGGUCUCACUAUUGUCAAGGAUGUGCCUAUAAAAAAGGCAUCUGCUCAAUGUGUGGCAAGAAGGUCUUGGAUACGAAGAACUACAAGCAAACUUCUGUCUAAUUACACUGAUCAGUUUUUCAUGAACUUCUGACUUCUGCAUCUUUGUACAUUUACCUUUCUCCAAUAUUGUUUGUGAAUAUUACUUUCUGGAAGAUAAUACGCUUACUUGGAAUGAGUUUAGAGGUGAAGACAGCCUGGUUGUUUCUGUAGAAAUUAACACAAUAUUUGAUUUUUGUUGUUUUAGCACUAAUGUUAACUAAUAUUUAAAGGUAAUGGUUUGCAGCAGCUGAUACAGUUCAAUAGGUUGAAACUAUGUUACUAUCAUAUCAGAUCCUUGAGAUUAGCACUUACUGUUCUGUUCUAUCUUGAAUGUUCUGCUUGUCUGGUGGUAAUACUUAACAGAUACAUAAAAUAUGAGCUUACAUCACCUCAUUAAAGUACUAUCGUUAUUUAGUUCUGUGCUUAUAGGUAUUUCUAUUUAUGCUCAUCCCUAACUAUUACGUCCUGUACUUUGAAGUGCUACUUUUCAGAGUUUAAUUCCACUGUUCUGAUUGAACAGUAGGGUUUGUUGAAUCACAAGCUGUUAAACUACUAAAAUGCAGCGUGCUACUCUGCCACUUCUUACUUUUGCAGCAAGAUUGAUUAGCUAGUCCCCUGUCAAAUCCUAGGCAGAUUUUGCAUACAGCAUCUGGUGGCCCAAGGCAAUAAAAUAAUGAGCAUCAAUUUCUAAUGCCGGGUCUCAGUCUCCUGAUUUCCUAAGUUAGUCUGGUUUCUAAACACUUGUUUUGAAACUGACUCUUGAAUUCUGUGAUGUAAUCAUUUAUAUAAAUGUCAGAUUUGAAAGAUCAAAACAGGCUGCCUUCUCCUUAGCACUGUUUGGAGAUAAGACUUGAAGCAAGCACCUGUGAACAUGUGAGGCUGCAUUUCUUUCACCCUUUUGUGAUUUCUACAUAAGAAAGCAAUUUCUCUUACAAAAAAUAACUUGAGUCCGUGGUGGGAUUUUAACUAGACCUAUUUGUUUACUCCUCUUGCCAUCUCUUCUUGGCAAGUUCUUAAGUUUUGCAACUUUCAACAGUAAUGGAGACAAUAUCAUUAGGAAUUUCCCUGUGAAUAGAUUUUUCUGGUUUAAGUUUCCUUUUGUUCUUUCAUUUGCUAUGAAGGAGACUGUGUGUAUGAUAGAGACUGAACAAUCACUGUUCUUUCCGUGUGUCAAUGUAAAAAACUGAACAGAAAGUGCAUGGAUUAGCUCGUGUACAGCAACAAUUUAUUCUAAUGUCACUGUUCAUCUCUAUGGCACAUUCCUUGUACAGAUGAAAAAUGUCAGUAAUGGGCUUCAAGCUUUGAACCAAGUGCUUCUCAGUACAACUGUAAAAACAUUUCAACCAUUUGACAAACAAACCAUGAGGUAGCUGUGAAAGCCAAGUAGUUAGUAUUAUAUAUGGAUCGUUGUCCUAUGUAGCGACAAUUCUAUAAUUCACAGGCCCUGGCAACCAUCCAGAGACCCAAAUGCGACCAUGGUUAUUGCUGAACAUAUGUUCUGGAGAACAUCUUUCCUGCCGUGCUGGAAACAAUAAUUUGUAGUGAGGUCAAUGAAUUUGUUACUGUCCGCUGGAUUUAUGUAAGGCAGUUGUGUUGAAGGGUCUUGCUUGAAAGUACUUGUUUUCUGCCUCUUUUUUGUCCUCUACAGUUGUAGGGUAUUUUAUGUGCAAGUGGUAUCACUUAUUGCUCUGGCAGUAUUGCAUUAUACGUAUGAAGACUACUAGAAGUAAAGGUUGUAAGCCAAGUAAUUGUAACCACGUGAAAGGAUUAACCGGGGGAAUGUACCUGGACAUCUAUGCAAGUCACUUCUUGUGGUAUUAGGUGACAUUUAAAAACAAUUGCAAAAACUCCCACGUUUAUAGAAGGAAAUCUAAAAAUCACAGGUAAGGUGGUUUUAGGAUUUUUAACGUACUCUGUAAGACAUUGGUAGGAGUUCCUGUGGUUUUUUAGAAGAUAAAAUGGAUAUAUAUAUAUAUAUAUAUUUCUCCUCCCUUAGUUGAAUUGGACAGUUUUCAGCAACUUAAGUUUCCAGCUUAGCCUUCACCUUCAGCUUUUUGGUGAGACUUGUUCAAGGUGAUUUCAGGUGACGUAUUCUCUAAUGUUCUGCAAACUCUUCAUUCUUUGUGUAUUUGUUCUGUGAGUUUUGCCAUUCUAUAUAUUAGCUUUUCUUGCCUGUCUAAUGUUUUUCAGCAUCUUUAUUUCCAAAAUAUGGCUGUUUGUAAUUCUUGAAUGCAUUGUAUCAAUUGAAGGUUAUUACUCUCUGCAAAUACUGGUAUUGAGUGAACGUGUACUUCAUUUUGUAACAUGUAAAUAAUAUGGUUCUUUGUUGACAA